AUGUUGUUGACAAAGACAAAGUCACCACGACCAGGAGAGGAUCAUGUGGAUGCAAGGCAAAAGCGCUCUACUGCUCGUCAUCCCGGUAGAAGUACUAUCCCUGCGGUUCCUCCCCCAGCAACCCGGCGACCCAACGCGAUAGCGGGGGCGAGACCCCGGGCUAGGAGUAAGGAGAAGGACCACGACUGCAGAUGCUAUCAACUGUAAAAAUGUCUGGGUCUGGAAGAAUUCAUGUUUGUCAUGCUUGUCUGGCAUGGCUCUUAAAUCUGUCAUGCACGUAACCCAAGAGCUCCGUUUUUCUGUGAUGCAGCGCUGCAGUUUGUCAUGCGGAAUAGGCAACACGUAGGAGCUCAGAAACUUGUCAUGCUGAGCUAGUAGUCGUAGCCUCAUCAUGAGACGCCACCCAGCAUCACAAGUUUCCAGACCCAGACAUUUUUACAUUUGAUAGAUGCCACCUAGAGGCGAUGGAGGAGGCGAGGCACGACCGGGAGAGGGCCAGGCAGCGCGUGGACCGGGAGUAUCAGGAGAGCCGGAUGAACCGUACUCGCGCCGCCGUACUGGGGGGACCUACGGAUAGAUCUCCGCGAGGGCGGUCGUGGGAUGAAAAUUGUCGCGGCGAAGCAGCGGCAGGAGGACUACUUAUGGAUUGCAAAAAUGUCUGGGUCUGGAAGAAUGGAAGGUCUGUCAUGCUCUGCUAGCAUGACCCCAAAGUCUGUCAUGCUCGUUACCCAAAAGCCACACUUUUCUGUCAUGCCGAAACGCGGUUUUUCAUGCAAAAUGCGCAACACCUAGCGAGUCAGAAACUUGUCAUGCUGAGCCGUCACUUGUGGCGUCCUCAGGAUUCGCCAACCAGCAUCACAAGUUUCCAGACCCAGACAUUUUUGCAUUUGAUACUACUACAUGGAGAAUCAGGACAGCAGCAGCAGGACAAAAACAACUACAAGCUGCCCACUCGUAGUUGUGCACAGAAGACAACAAAGGUCUUCGGGCGUCUCAAGCCCUACUCGAAGGAGCACGACCCAACCGCGGAUAUUCCCAACGACCGGUUUCUCCCGGAUAGGAGAAGACGGGCUGUUCCCCCACCGGUUGUUUCGGUUCUUUCCUCUGGGGUUCAGAAGUUUCGCCGAAGCAGGUCGCGAAGCAGCAGGGGAAGUAGAAGAGUACCAAAGCAGUACUGAAGAAAUAGCGGCGUGAUCUGUGAAGAAAAGAACGCGAUGGAGUCAACUAGCGUUCGUGAUCGAGCGGAAGACAGGUGUUCUUGGCGCAUUUGGCGAAUAAAUGCCACCCGGGCGAAAGAACUUCUAUACCUAGAUUCUUAAUCACAACGGCAUCUUCAACUACACACGACGUCAAGUUAUAAACCGCCCGAUUGGAGGAAGUCGAAGAAAUUCCUCGCUCGCACACGAAGAAAUUCACCGCUCGAUCAGCUUCCGCGACCGAAAUUCCAACAGGUCAGAGCGGUCAUUUAUUUCUGGAAAAAACAAUAAAACCGGGGAAGUGAGUUGUGAGUCAUUUUGGUAGCAUCUUCGCACGAUGAGUUUUUGCUUUUGAUGCGUACUACUGACACGGUGAUCUGCAGCGACUUUCUUCAGGGUCAUCGAUUUGUGUGGCUGGUACUGGUUUAUUCGCAGUGACAGUGAGUAAAAAUGGUCGUGUGCUUAAAUCACUUUUUGUUUUUGGUAUAAAGAAAAAAUCUUCUAUUCUAGCUGGCAGUUCAGCGAAGGACCUCUCGUGAUCUUUUCAUCUAGUAGCGACACUUUUUUUUGUCUCCAACGAGACGCGAUCGGACGACAGAACCAAUGUCGUGGACGACCGAUUCUCGGAUCGCAGUGAUUUCUUCUGGCACAAUCACCUGAGUCAUCAACAGUAUUACCUCAGUCUUCAAGAAUCGUAUCGCACGUCUGUGGUCACAGAUUCCGCAAUGCGGGAGCGCAU